CCCGAUUCAAUUUACCCUGCCUGUCAAAACUCCGCAGAAAAAGAACCCCAGGGUCUCUCUGUCUGGGGGACUUGGAUCCAUCCAUGAUGUCAAAAACCCGGGAUUUGUCGCCAUUCCGGGACUGUCUGUGGAUCCGCAAACGGUUAUUCCCAUUCGAGCGCUGUUGCUUGGCUCCACGAAUUUCCCAAUUGACCUUCAAGUUUUUUAAAUUGCGGACAACCCUUAGCUUCAUCUGACGCCGAUAUAACAAUAUAUACUAGUCUCAGGCUUGGUACGUUCACAUAUCGAUGGCUGCUUCAUCGCCAGCAGAUCGCGCGGAGGAGGUCAAGAGUCUCUUGAGCGCAGUCGAAGACCUCCUGAUCCCCUUCAUCCGCAGUGCGGAUCUGGACCCUCUCGCCUCCAAGGAAUCUCUCGCCCCGAACGACGACGACGAAAAUGGCUCAUCGCUCGUCGAGCACAAAAGACCCGAGGAGCUGCAGCGAUUACUCCAGCUGAGCCUGCCGCAGGAAGGCGCUGGCCAAGACGGUCUGGUGGACGUCCUGCGCCAGGUGCUCCGCUACUCGGUCAACACCUGGCACCAGGGCUUCCUGGACAAGCUGUACGCCUCGACCAACGCGCCCGGCGUGGCGUCGGAGCUCAUCCUGGCCGCGCUCAACACCAACGUACACGUCUACCAGGUGUCGCCGGCCCUGACCGUUAUUGAGAAGUACACGGGCCAGCGACUGGCGUCGCUGUUCGGGCUGACGGGGCCCCGCGCCGGCGGCAUCUCGGUGCAGGGGGGGUCGGCGUCGAACACGACCUCGAUCGUGAUCGCGCGCAACAACCUGUACCCGGACACGAAGCGCGACGGCAACGGGGCGUACCGGUUCGUGCUGUUCACCAGUGCGCACGGGCACUACAGCAUCGAGAAGGCGGCGCAGAUGCUGGGGCUGGGCAGUGGCGCCGUGUGGGCGGUGCCCGUCGACCGGCAGGGCCGCAUGGUCCCCGCGGAGCUGGAGCGGCUGAUCCAGCAGGCGCUGGCCGAGGGCCGCACCCCGUUCUACGUCAACGCGACGGCCGGCACGACGGUGCUGGGGUCGUUCGACCCGUUCGCCGAGAUCGCCGCCCUGUGCCGGCGGUACCGGCUCUGGCUGCACGUCGACGGCUCGUGGGGCGGCUCCUUCAUCUUCUCCGCCGCGCAGCGCCACAAGCUGGCCGGCGCCGAGCUCGCCGACAGCAUCGCCAUCAACCCGCACAAGAUGCUGGGCGUCCCCGUCACCUGCUCCUUCCUCCUGGCCGCCGACCUGCGCCGCUUCCACCGCGCCAACACCCUCCCCGCCGGCUACCUCUUCCACAACCCGGACACGGCGGCCGAGUCGUCGGAAAGCUCUGCCUCGGAAGAAGAAGAAGAAGUGGAGGUUGACUCCCCCGAGGUCUGGGACCUGGCCGACCUGACCCUCCAGUGCGGCCGCCGCGCCGACUCGCUCAAGCUCUUCCUGGGCUGGACCUACUACGGCACCGCCGGCUACGAGCGCCAGAUCGACUCCGCCUGCGCCGUCGCCGCCCACCUCGCCACCCUCGUCCAGCACAACGACAACUUCAUCCUCGUCAGUGAGAACCCCACCCCGUGCCUGCAGGUCUGUUUCUACUACGCGCCCGGCCGGCAGAUGGUCUACCCGCGCGGGUCGGUGUCGACGACGACGACGACAACGGCCGAAGCCGAGGCAGAGAGGGCCAAGGCCAACAGCAAGGUCACGGAGCAGGUGACGCAUGCGAUCGUGCGCAAGGGGUUCAUGGUCGACUUCGCCCCGCCCAGUGGCGACGAGGAGGCCGUCGGCGACGGCAAGUUCUUCCGCUGCGUGGUCAACGUGCAGACCGCCAAGGAGACGGUCGAGGCGCUGCUCCGGGCCAUCGAGGAGGUCGGCCCGGCCGUUGUCGAGAAGUUGAAGGCCCAGCAGGGUCGCUAGAUAGAGCCCGGGCCGAGUUGCCGUAGCGGAUCUCCCGUAGAACGGGGUUACGGGUUUGUCGUACAUGGCAAAAAGUUCCAAUCCACCUCGGGGGGUAGGGUCAGUUGGGCUGUAGUUUGAGUGCAUCAUUCUACAGUCUAGUUGGUGUCUCUCUCCAGUGGCUGUAUAUGGGUGUGGGCCUUUAAGGAAGGAUAACAAAACAAAAACUAAUAGAAUAGAAAGAUAGAGAUUAUAAUGUCGCAACAAG